GGGCCGGCUUUCCCUCCCCUCCGCGAUGGGCGUGGAGGACCCGGGCGAGAGCCCGGCGGUGUCCCGGCGCCUGCACGGCCGGCGGAUGCGCCUCAUCUGCAUGCUGGCCAUGACCUUCUUCUUCUUCGUGGUGGAGGUGGCGGUGAGCCGCCUGACGGCCUCGCUGGCCAUGCUCUCGGACUCCUUCCACAUGCUCUCGGACGUGAUGGCCCUGGUGGUGGCCCUGGUGGCCGUCCGCUUCGCCCAGGUCACCCGCGCCACCAAGAAGAACACCUUCGGCUGGGUGCGGGCCGAGGUGAUGGGCGCCCUGGUCAACGCCGUCUUCCUCACCGCCCUCUGCUUCACCAUCCUGCUCGAGGCCAUCGAGCGCUUCACGGAGCCCCACGAGAUCCAGCAGCCCUUGGUGGUCAUCGGCGUCGGGGCCGCGGGGCUCCUGGUCAACGUCUUGGGGCUCUGCCUGUUCCACCAGCACGGCGGCGGCGGCGGCCACGGCCACUCGCACGGCUCCGAGGGUCAGGGCCACGGGCACCGGCGGAGCCCGAGGAAGCACGGGGCCGGAGGGAAGGGGAAGCCGCAGCAGCAGCAGCACCGGCGGCGGGGCAAGACGGACCGCUCUCCCGCCCGCCACGGGCAUCACAAGGAGGAGACCAACACCCUGGUGGACAAUUUCAGCACCUCCAAUGGAGUCAGCGAGAAGAAGCCAGGUCAUGGAGCAAAAGAGAAGCAAAUGGAACUCCAUCCCAAUGGGAAUAUUGAUGAUUUUACCUCUCCAGUAACAGACGAAGAUGAAGACAGUGACUCUCAACUCAACAUGCGUGGAGUAUUUCUUCAUGUCCUUGGAGAUGCCUUGGGUUCUGUUAUUGUUGUAGUGAAUGCCUUAGUGUUUUACUCUUACUGGACACCUUGCCCAGAGGAUGGGCCUUGUAUAAACCCAUGUGUUAACGACCAGUGUGGAGAAAACACUACUGAGAUGUUCAACAGAUUGAAUGCAACUGAACAGGAGAAAAUUCAUGUGACCGGGCCCUGCUGGCUUCUAUAUUUAGAUCCUGCACUGUGUCUGAUAAUGGUUUGCAUUCUCCUUUACACAACAUACCCGUUGCUUAAAGAAUCUGCCCUUAUCCUUUUGCAAACUGUUCCCAAGCAGAUUGAUAUUUGCUCUUUGAACGAGAAGCUCCGCAAACUGAAAGAAGUUGAAGCAGUCCACGAACUGCAUGUUUGGCAGCUUGCAGGAAACAGGAUCAUUGGCACUGCUCAUAUCAAAUGCAAGGACCCAGAAACAUACAUGAAAGUGGCCAAGCAUAUUAAAGAAAUCUUUCAUGAUGCAGGGAUCCAUGCAACCACCAUUCAGCCUGAAUUUGCCAUUGUGGAUGCAGACAUGAGCUUUGAGACUAUAAGCAAAUGUGAAUUACCCUGCAGAACCCAGUGUGCACUGAAGCAGUGUUGUACGGGUGUGGAAAAGAGUACUGUAAAGACGCCAGAAAAGUCCCCUCCUAUUAGUAUUUCAUGCACAGAAGUAGUCAUCGACUCUCCACAUCACAAAACCCGGAGGACUAAAAAAGAGCAUAUACCUGCAGGAAAAUUACAGUCCGGCCCUCACCGUCACAAACAGUUUGAAUCGUCGUUAUAAUUCCAAAAGUUGUGCCAAGGGAAAUCUGAGUUUGGCCACAUGUUGACUGUGGAAAGAGAAACUCAGGCAUUAAAAGACAUUAUAAAAUAAUGUAAUUCUUGGAAGUCCCUGUUCUCGUCACAACACUUAAAUCUUGGCUGCCUGUUGGAAAGAACAUCAUGGUGCCGUCCUGACACAACAUGUGCUUGUGUUAACUUUUCAUUGAAUAGCACAGAAAAGUUUGCCAAUGUUGCAGUAACUUUGCUCAGCCAGUUUUGGUUGGAUUUUAAUGUUAAAAAAGAUGUUCUCCAACAACCCAUUUCUCCCUCCAUUUUGGGCUUCAUCUUAGGAUUGCUAUUUCUGCUUACUGAUUUUUUGGGGGAUGCGUGCUUGUCUCUUUUAACAUGUUGCAAACCAUAGGGAGAAGAAACCAAAGUUGGCAUUAAAAAGAAACAGACACACACACAACCCGAGAAUUUUAGACUUCCUUCUUAAAUGAAAAAGUGAAUGCUAUUCUAAGUAGGUAUAUUAGUGGUAGCAUCUUAAACCAUAUCUAGUUCUGUUGACAAAAACAAUAGCCUUGUUUGUAUUAGGCCUGUGAUGUCAAGAAAAUGGACUGAUUUGCAAAUACAAUUUUUUACCAUACGAAUACAAAUAACUUCUGGGCUGUAAGAUCAAGUUCUCAGACUGGAUUUACCGUUCAGAGGGCUUUCCUCCUUACCUAUUAUUUCCCCCCCAGACAACAUUGUUGUUGUGUAUAUUUUUAGAAUUGAAGCCAAACUUUAAAAGAGAGCUAAUGCUGGGACUACCAAACCAGAGUUAGUCUCGUUUGUAGCAGGGUCCCCCGCGGCUUGCUGAAAUGAAUGCAUAGCUACUGACUAUAUUCUCUCUUUUUUUGUUUUGAACUUUAAAAAAACUUGAGGAAGGUAGCAUACAUCAGUGUAUGCUGCUCAAAUCAUUAAUAUAUUUCUUCCUUUCAAAGUAUUUAUGUCUCAGUCAGAGCUGUUUUGCUUAUUAAGUAAGCAAUGCACACUUGAAACAUUUUCUUUGGAACAGCACAGCCAGCUGCCUCUAAAGCAGCGUAUUGAGCUGAUUCUGGCAUCCCAAUCAACAAUUGGUUUGUCAUGAUGGCAAAGAACUGCAGUCAGUCUGCACACUCCCCUCCCCCGCAUGAGGAAGGAACUGGAAAAUUUUUACUUCACUUUCUUUUAUUAACAAGACUUCAGCCUUGCACCUGAAGCCUAAGCUGUGGUUAAUUGUAACUAUAGUUUGAUGUGAGCCCAGGAAUUUGCUCCCAUCAUUUUUUCCCCUCUCUUUCAAUUUAAUAAACAGCUCCUGCUAGUGCCAUAGCACUACACAGGGCAGCACACAUUAAAAUAAAGAAUCCAACACUUAAUAAAACCAGAAACAAUCUACUCACAUCAUGAUUGUCCAUGGACUGACAUAGUGUCGCAACUGGCUGACAUUUCUUUUACCUACUUCUGUUUCCAUGUAAUGAAGCCAUAUGAUAGAGCAGAAUUCUAGCCCUGUUCAGUUUUUUUCUUUUCUAUUAAACUUUUAAGACCUCUUGAAGCAAGAAUUGCAGAGAAUGAAGUUAUAGGAGGAAGUGACUUCUCAAUUCUGUCAUUCAUUUGCUGGAUCAUUUGCUAAUUGCACUCGAGCUACUUGCCCAAGCCUCUUUAAAAUAAAGCAGAGAAAUGUUUUGUUUCAUCAAAAUAUGGUAUUACUCUGGCAAUGAAGGCAAACUGAAAUGUGUCUGAAGUGAACCAUAGAUUUGUGUUUACAUCAAACACACAGUCUUGAAAAUUAGGGCUAACUCCUAACUUUUAGUUGUGGCAUCAGUGUGAAUUAGUUCCUAAAGUGUUUCUGAGAGCCCUCCUUGGAAGAUUUUUUUGGAUUGCGAAAUGUCUUACGAAUUGCAUAGUUCUUACCCCAGUACAGUCACUGUAGUGAAAUGCUAUUGCAAGAAAAACAAAACCUUUCAGGUCAGCCCAUGAAUUAAUUUUUCUUCUCUACUUUUGGGAGUUAUCUUGCACUGUUAAAAUGCAGGCUCUGAUCACAAAUGCCUUACAUCAGUGGAUGCCAAACUUGAGACCCCAGAUGCUAUUGGCCUACAAUUCCCAGAAAUCCGGGCCAUCACAGUUAGUGGUGAAGGCUUCUGGGAGUUUUAGUUCAAUAACAUCUGGGGACUCAGGGUUGGGAACCACUGUUUUACACAAUGGCAGCUGAGCAUUGUUCCCUUUCUGUCAAAGUGCAAAAAAAAAUAUUCACUGAUUUGCACUUCUUGUUGCUAGCAUGGACUUUUAGAGGUAAAACAGGUGAGAUCAAUGGAUACCAUUCUCCCUCUGCUCAGCAGUUUUGUAUUUCAGCCUUGUUUCUACAAUGCCCUCAUACAUGAUUAACACACUCAAAAGUGGGAUAAAGCUGAACUUAUAGACAGAUCUAGCAAUUUCUUUUGGGUUCUUUUUACUAGAUGGAUCACCUGUUGGUUAAUGCUCCAAAUUGUCUCCCAUGCAUUACUGCAAGCAUACAGCACCUGUGCUGUACAAUUUUAAUUAAAGAACAAAAGCAGCUGUUUUGAAAGUUUCAUCUGCUCUUCUGUGGUCUGGACAAAGUUAGAUAGGCAUUGCUCUUCCACUAGGGAAGGACAGGCAGAAAAAGCAACAAAAAUGCCAUUACAUUUUUAGAUCUUGAAGCCAAGGCUUCCUAACCUUUAAUGCUAUAAGCAUGAGAUAGGUCACUUAAUAAAGAAAAAAGAAGUUUCUUAUCUCUCAUAUGAUAUACUUCAGAUCAAGAUAGUCUGACUUGUAAUCUCCUCCAGUCUGUUAACGGGUGUUUUUCUUUAUCGGGGUAGCUGGUGUAUACUUUGGGAUAGGGUAAUUGUUUUGUUUCUUAAAAAAAACCUCUGCAUUUCUCUCUAAAUCACAACCUUCAGCUCUCAUUUUGAGUGUGCACUGUAGUGAUAAGGGAGAAAAGCGGUUGAGUGUAUGCCAGAUGUAGUUCUGAUUGUCUUUAUUAUGCAACACCUUGCUUCCUUUUAUGGCAGAAUAUUGCAUUCAUUUCUGUUUCUGCAAAUAAGUUUUCAAUGAUGGUAGCAAGGUAGUUUCUUACAAAUGUUUGGAAAACUGAACAUCUUGAAUAUCUCUGAAGUAGAGGAGGCAUGCUUUUGUACUUGAUAUAAGUAUUAAUGUCAGUUUUGCAAACUGCUGUACUGUAUAUGGUAACAUUAGUUUUGGGUUUUUCCCCCCCCCUCCUCAGUGCUGGUCUUGUUGAGGAGGGUGUUUCCAGUCAGACCAUAAGUAAUGAUCGCGCACUGUGCUCAGUAUCUGCCUUUGUGGUGAAGUCCCAGAAUGGAUGUAGGCUGGUAAUGUGAAUGUGUUUCAUUCUAGUUCUGCAGCAAAGUCUUUUUGGGAGAUUUCAGAUAACACGUCACAAAAUAAACACAUAUAGCCACCUCACACAUUCCAAGUUUCACCACAGAAAGGCACAAGUGAGCUAGUGUUAAAUUUGCUGAUCUGUAGCGUGAAACUACUCCAAGAGGCACUCAAUGUCUGGACCCUUGAGACUGGCUAUUUGUUGUGUUGCUAUGUGUCAAACUGGCCCAUAAAUGAGGUUAAAUGCCUUUACACUGUGAGUGUUUAAGAGGGUCACCUGAAGUUCUGGAGAAUGUUUCAAAACCACUAACAGCUCUAGAAGCAAGUCAUGCUCAGGAUCUCUUACAAGGUUUGCUUUCCUUUCCCCCUCUCCUAGCCUGUGGACAUCUGUCGCUCUUGCUACAUGCAAACAGAGGUUGCAGAUAGGAGCCCAAUUCAGAUCAAGAUGUCAGGGAAGGCAUAGGCACAGACUCCUCUCAGUUAAUAGGAAACUUUAUUUUCAACAGAAUGCACUUUCUGACUUUUCUCAUUGAUAGGGGAGCUACUUUAAUGCUGCAUCUCCUGCUUUUUGACUUGUUAAGGGUUUUAGUGCGUGCGUGUGUGCGUGAAAGGAGUAUUACAUAUUUAAGGUAUUGAGUACAAUAUUUAAAUAUGCUGCUUAAUUUCAUAACAGCAUCAAUGUAGCCUUCUGGGACUUUGGCUUAUGUUUACAGAACAAUUCUUGAAUAUUACAAUAAAUAUUUUGUUUUGCUUCUAUUUGGCACCAUCUUUUCAGCUCUUGAUGAACUGAAAGGUACUAAUGUUUAUGUGCCUGAAAUAUGUAUUUGAUUUUCUUUCUUUCUUUCUUUCUUUCUUUCUUUCUUUCUUUCUUUCUUUCUUUCUUUCUUUCUUUCUUUCUUUCUUUCUUUCUUUCUUUCUUUCUGCCAAAUGCAGCCUUACUAAAAACAGGAGCUUUUAUCCCUCUGGGUCAUCUUGGGUUUGUAUCAUGAAAUUGCUUGUAUUAAGAACACUUCCAUGUCUUACAGAUGUAUGAGCCUGGGUUUUUUCCCCCCACUCUACUUGAUAUGUGUGUGUACUUUUAAAAGUGUUCUUAAGCUUAGUCUCCAAACCCAUCGGCUCUGUGGUAGCUAGAGAGGCAUCUCCUCCUGCAUUAUGUGGGUUGUGUUUGAAACCAAUAUUUUGGAGAUAUAAUCGGCAUAUAUGUAUCUGGUUACAUCAUACCAGUGACAAUGGGCUUCUGUUAAACCAGUGAUGCUACUGUGUUUCUUUGCAUAUGAAGUAAAGCCUGAGAAGGAAAUAAAUGUUGCUAUAUAAACCA